AUGAACCGUGGAGAAUACCGUUCAAAACAUCAAGUGUACUCCAAAUGGGGGAAGAUGAACAAAGAAGUCAUGUUGUUUAAUGACUUGUGGAAAAACAUGAAACGUCAAUGGAAAAGUGGAGAAAACGAUGAAGUGAUUUUGAAGAAAGCGUUGAAAGUCAAAACAUCUGACGAGCAUAUCGACAGUGGGUCAAAACGCAGCAGAACAUCUGAGUCUGACCACACUACAUCAGAUGCUCGUGUUCAAUUUGAUCUGAAUGAAGAUGAACCUGUUCCAGUUUCACCACCUUCCCGACCAUUGGGAAGAGACAAAUCAAAAAGCAAAGACAAAGACAAAGCGUCAGAUUCAGAUGAUUUGAAAGAAAUGAGAUCCAACAUGAAAGGUAUAAAAGACAGAAUAGACAAGAUUUUGAAAAUUGCUUCUGAAAGAGAGUUUCGGAAACAAAGGGAGAGCGACAUGCGAAUACUAGCGAUAGACACGUCGAAUAUGACCAGGGCCGAGCUUGAAGUGGUUUUGGCGAUGAAAGAGGAAGUGAAAAACCUUUACAUCAAUCGUGGCUAA